CUGUUAAUGAUGCAGUGAAAUUGGCAAAUCAACGAGUUAUUCAAAUACGAGAAAAUAUCUCUAAUUUACCAGAUUUUUGUCCAGAAAUGAAUAAAACUGUUAAUAUGUACUUUGAAGCAUUAAUAGACUGGCUUGCUGGUUCCUUCUACUGGCAUCAAAUUUCCGGUAGAUAUGCUGUAGGUGAUCAUGCUACUAGAAAUAUAUGA